AUGGAUCUUGUGGGUGCCCAGCAAACCACAGGGCCAAGUAAGGAGUCUAAGAAAGGAGCAACUAUGUCUGGAAGUCUCUGGAUCAGUGGGGAGUACUGGUGGGUUUGUUUUUUUAAAGUGGCUUUAUUUAUUUAUUCACAGAGAAAAUCCAAGAUCACAGCUUCGCGCAAACUCCUUUUAAAGAGUUUGAUGCUGGCUAAAGCUAAAGAACAGUGGGAACAGAAGCAAGUGGACAAAGAAGGAGAAAAGGAGAGAUAUUUGGCAGAGAGAGUCACAGCUCUGCGGACCAGUGGACUUUCCUACGCCCAACUUCAGGAUCUGUGCAGAGAGCUACACGAGAAGGUAGAUGUUGUGGAUGAAGAGCGAUAUGACUUUGAAGCAAAAUGUAUCCAUAACACACGGGAGAUUAAAAACCUGAAACUGAAGGUGCUUGACCUUCGGGGGAAAUUCAAACGUCCUCCCUUGCGGCGGGUCCGUGUCUCUGCUGACGCCAUGCUUAGGGCACUGCUUGGCUCUAAGCACAAAGUUUCCAUGGACCUGAGAGCCAACCUCAAGUCUGUCAAGAAGGAGGAUACAGAAAAGGAGCGUCCUGUAGAAGUGGGUGACUGGCGUAAGAAUGUGGAGGCCAUGUCAGGAAUGGAAGGCAGGAAGAAGAUGUUUGAUGCUGCCAAAUCUCCAACAGCACAGUGAGAAGGCCUCCAUGGAAAGAUGCCUGCACCUCUGUCCUUUCUUUCCCCCUUUGGUGCUCCCUCAUCUUCCUCAUCUUCUUGCAUUAGCUGUAAGGUCACUGCAUGUAUGGACUUUAUUAAAAAGAUUAUCAUGACUUUGCACUUCAUGCCUUCACAGCCCUUCAUGAGCCCAUCAAAGUACCAAUGCAGACAUUUAGCUUCUUGCUAGCAUGAAACCCAUAUGAUGACCAUUGCAACGAUCUUUCACUGACGCAUUCCCUCCAAGGUCAUAUCAUCUGUACUGUGCAUUGUACUUGGGCUGGGGCAGGUGGUGGUGGGGAGAGUCAUGCCAAUUCUGAGAUCAUGAAUGCAUAAAGUGCAAAGAGAAAGAGGAUCCUUUAUCAUAGACGACCAUCUAGCCUCACUCUUUUUCCAUAAAGAGGGCUCUAGUGAUAUAACCUAUUAGUUGAAUGCAGUCAAAGAUGUUGCCGAGGAAGCUUUGGUGGCCUACUCUUCUCAGCCAGAAAGUUCUUCAGCCCUCUCCAUGCUGAUUCUUUGGAUAUGUGCAGUUUGGGAGAUGCAAACGUUGUUUCUCUCUGUUCAUUAAACAACAAUGAUGACA